UAAGAUUUUGCAUAACUUUUCAGUUUUAUUAGAUGAGUUGUAGAGUUUAGGAAAUUAAAUACAGCAAUAGUUGAAGUUCAAACUCAAUCAUGGAUGAACACUUUUUUUUCACAAAGUUGAAAUCAAACUUUGAGCAAUUCGUAUCCUCACCUUUGCCAUUUUUGGAAGGAUGUACAGAAGUGUCAGACGAUUUUAAAUUAUUAUCAAAGACGAUUUAUGAUUCUAAUAAAUCAUCAGCAAUUUCAUCACGAUCAGGUCCAAUACCAAAACUUAUCAUUGAAGGUUUUGAUCAUGAGCAGAUUUGGCAAGAAAUUGAACUUUUCAAUAAGAAGGAAGCUGCAACUUGUCUUAAAGCAGCCGAAUAUUUUAAUUCUCAGGACAUUUCCCAGUUCAUGUUAAAGAAACAUGAAAGUGAUGAUGAAACGGGUGAUGAAGAUGAUGAUUUGUCAGAAUUAGAACCUGUUGAAGGAGAAGCGGAACCAGAAGCGGAAAGUGACGUGGAAGGAUUUCAUUUUGAAGAAAGUGAAGGAGAUGACGAAGAAACUGAAGAAGAAGAAGAAGACUUCAAUCAACAUGAUGUAGUAACGGAGCAGACUGAAGUGGACGAUGAUUUUUUCAGUCUGCGUAAAAUGGAAAAAUUCUUAGAAGACGAAGAUCGAAAAUAUGAAUUAGAACAAAAGAAGCCGGUAGAGGGCGACAUAGACUAUUUUGAAGAUAUUCCAUCCGAUGGCAUUUCCUCAUCUGAAGAUGAGAAUGAAGAAUAUUCAAGCAAGAUUAAAUCAUCAAGAAACUUGAAAUAUUCUGAUUAUUUUGAUGAACCUAUUAGUUCAAUAAAAAAUAGAAAUGAAAAUAUUUCUGAGACUGAAAUUGAUGAUAGAAACAAUGCACAAGAUCAAAAACAAUCUCAUUUUGAAAAGCAUCAGAAACAAAUAUCACAGAAAAUUGGAAUACUAGAGGAAAGAGCAUUGGCACCUGCAGAGUGGCAAAUGACUGGGGAAGUCAAAGCUGCAUCAAGACCAGAAAAUAGUUUACUGCAAGAGAUGGUUCAAUUCGAUCAUGUUGCUCGACCUCCUGUUGAUAUAACAGAAGAACACACUAAAGAUCUUGAAAGUUUAAUCAAACAACGAAUCAUGGAUUGUGCUUGGGAUGACAUUGAGAGAAAAUAUAAACCUGAUGCUGAACCUGCUGAAUACAAGAAAAGAAUUGUGUUGGAUUCAAGUCAAUCAAAACUAACACUCAGUGAAAUUUACGAGAAGGAAUACAUGGAAAAGAAACAGAAAUUAGGAAAGGAGGUUGAUGAAAAAGAAAAUGAAGAACAUAAUGUAAUUAAAAAAGAUAUGGAUGAUUUGUUCCGAAAACUUGAUGCCUUGUCGAAUUUCCACUUUGUCGCCCCUCCUCCUGAACCAGAGAUUAAGUUAAUUACAAAUCUGCCAUCGAUUGCAAAAGAAGAAGUCCAGCCUGUAACACAAGCAGAAUCCAAUAUUCUAGCUCCAGAAGAAAUAUUUUCAAAAUCCAAGUCUGGAGAAGAAAAAUCUACAUUGGAAAAAUCAUCAACAGACAAAAAGCGUGAAAGGAGAAAAAAGAAAAUAAGAAUGAAGGUACGUGCUAAUGCACGAUUGGAGAAGUUGAAAAAAUUGGAUCCAACCAGUGAUAAGGUGAAGACUUUGGAAGCAGUUGAUCAACUGAAAAAAGCUGCAAAAGCUCCUGGAAGUAACACCACAAUUAUAAAGACCACAAAAAGCAAUGGAAAAUUAACUUCACAAAAGUUUUUCUCCGAACUACAAGAUAAAGGAUCAAAUUUUAAAAAGAAGAAAGCAUUGAAAUAAAUUCUAAAAAAACCUACACAGAA